GCUGGUCCCGGGGGCUUGAUAUCCCGGUCUGUGAGCGAGUUGGCGAGCAGAAAUCCCCUCCUGUAGCCAUGAGUUGUUUCCAAACUUCAGCGAGCCAUUCCUGGAUUUAUCCCACUGUGAUCCUCUGCCUGUUUGGAUUUUUCUCCAUGAUGAGACCCUCAGAACCCUUCCUUAUGCUGUAUUUAUCUGGACCAGAUAAAAACCUGACCAGUGAAGAGAUCACAAAUGAGAUCUUCCCCGUGUGGACAUACUCAUAUCUGGUGCUGCUUCUCCCGGUGUUUAUCCUCACCGAUUAUGUCCGCUACAAGCCAGUCAUUGUCCUACAAGGGAUUAGCUUCAUCAUUACCUGGCUGCUGCUGUUGUUUGGCCAAGGAGUGAAGACCAUGCAGGUUGUAGAGUUCUUCUAUGGGAUGGUCUCCGCCACCGAGGUGGCCUACUAUGCCUACAUUUACAGCAUGGUCAGCCCAGAGCACUAUCAGAAAGUGAGCGGCUACUGCAGGAGUGCCACGCUUGUGGCCUACACGGUGGCCUCAGUGCUGGCCCAACUCUUGGUAUCCCUGGCCAACCUAUCAUACUUUUACCUCAACGUCCUAUCCUUGGCCUCUGUUUCCAUGGCCUUCCUUUUCUCACUUUUCCUACCAAUGCCUAAGAAGAGCAUGUUUUUUCAUGCAAAACCCAGCAAAGAAGCUCCUCCAAAGCCACCAGGAAAGGAUGCUGUCUUAGAGGAACCUCAAAAGGAUCACGAACCGACUGGACAAGUAUUCACUGUUUCAGGGAACCCAUAUGAUGGCCAGUGGAGCAGCCCAAAGCCGGAAAAUGUAGCUUUGAGAGUUUUUGUGCAGUGGUUACAAGAUUUGAAGGAGUGCUACUCCUCAAAACAUCUUUUUUACUGGUCCCUAUGGUGGGCUUUUUCCACAGCAGGUUUUAACCAGGUUUUGAACUAUGUUCAAGUCCUGUGGGAUUACAAGGCCCCAGGCCAGAGUUCUGUAAUAUAUAAUGGAGCAGUAGAAGCUAUUGCAACCUUUGGAGGGGCCCUGGCUGCCUUUGCAGUGGGUUUUGUGAAAGUCAACUGGGAUCUUCUGGGAGAGCUGGCUCUGGCCAUCUUCUCGGUUGUCAAUGCAGGCUCUCUAUUUCUCAUGCAUUACACGACCAACAUAUGGGUAUGCUAUGCUGGCUAUUUGUUAUUCAAGACCGGCUAUAUGCUUCUUAUCACCAUAGCAGUGUUUCAGAUCGCAGUUAAUCUGAGUGUGGAACGCUAUGCCCUGGUGUUUGGAAUCAACACCUUCAUUGCCCUGGUGAUUCAGACCAUUAUAACCGUGAUCGUAGUAGAUCAGGGAGGAUUGGGGCUGCCAAUCAGCAUUCAGUUUUUAGUUUAUGGGAGUUAUUUUGCAGUCAUUGCUAGCAUUUUCCUAAUGAGAAGCAUAUUCAUUAUCUACUCAACCAAAUGCCGAAAGACAGUGCAGAGCUCUGCUACAAGUCAGAAUCCAUAUGGGCCACACCCAGAAGAACCAGAGAACAACUAAUGAACAAGGCUCUAACCUCUGUCAACCACUACAGCCUCCGAGCAAGGACUCUGCUUGUCACAAAGUCAUGGAGUGCCAUAAAUUGACACACUUCACAAGUCUGGAUUCCAGUGAACCUUUUCAAAGCCAGGAAAGUUCAGCUUUGGACCAGAUAUCUAUGUACCCAGCUGAACUGGAUGCGGCUGUUCAGGUAUACCAUCUCAAUUAAACAGCUUAUGUUGGGGAACCCCAGUGAAUAGCAAUGACUGGAAAAUUCUGGUUUUGAUUGCUUGUAAGGACGUGCAAGUGGCAUGGAAACAAACCAUGAGAAAACUCCAGCCAUCCUAGAGUUUGAUAUUCCCCAUUUGUGAGCAGAAAUACUAACUGAAGUGACCCUCUUGCUUGGCUUAGAUAUUUGUUUUACUUUACCCAAAACAGGCAACACAAUGGAUAUUUUUUGUCACAUGAGCCAUUGUCCUUCUUCUUCCAUUAAGUAUAUUUCUUUAAAACUUACAAUUCCUUGAGAGAACUAUAAGGCUUGAUCCCAUUUCUAAGGAAUCCUUUUCUCUCCUGAUAACACAAUAUUAUUCACAAGCUAUUAUUUGAUAAUAUAACCACUUAAUUUUUUCAUCAUUACUCUUCACUUUGUGCUCUACUGAGCUUUGUCGUUGAAACUCUACCUCAGGAAUAACUCCAGACACUCCUGUGUGGCCACAGAAUGACAUUCAUGCCAAUUCCCAGUGGCCCCAGGAGAGGCAAUGAGCUUUCUUCUAUCAUGACCCCAGACAAGUGUUUUAAUGUCAUGUCGGUGUGAUGUCUGCCUAAAACAGAAAAACUUAAGUAGAAAUUUUCAGGGAUUUCUAGAAGUACUAGUAAAUAAGAAAACACUGAUGGGGGGGAAACACCUAAUUUUUAGAUGACAGAGA